AGGAGUGUUGGUACUACUGCGUCAGCUGGGACGUCGCGCUUUUAAAACUCUUGUAAUGAGUUGUGCAGGUAGUCACUGGGGCGAGGAGCAUGACUCUCAGCGUAAUGUGAGUGAUGACUGGGGCCUCAGUAACUCUGAUAUGGAAGAUCUGCUCACGCCGCAGCCACCGGUACCAACAUCACCAGUACUCCAUCAACCAUCGCAAGAGGAAACUCCCUCUUUUCAAAUACUUCCUGCAGAAUUUUGUCGGACAGAUCCAAUGGUUUUGCAGACAAUACGCCUCCUGCAGUAUCAAAGACAAGUGGCACAACUUAUAAAUAGAGCACAGACUAUUGGUAUGGAUGGUGGUAGUCUUCCGCCCUGCCCACCUCCCCCUGAAGAUCCUCCCCUCGAUCGCAAAACCACAAAGCCACAUUUUUUAAAUUUCAUACCACCUGAGCAUACACCAUUUACAAGUGGCAAAAACCAUCCACAAUUACUUGAAGUUGAGGGCACAACUGCCCGACUCAUACUACGCAAGGCAGUAGCAACAAUGUGUGCACACACCGGCUACACAGACACUGCAGAGAGUGUGCUUCGGGUAUUGACUGAUGUUACACAUGAGUUUCUGACCAAACUGACAGGUGUUCUGCGAGCCAAUGCUGAUAACCUCCUUCUCAGUGACAGAUGCCCUUUUCAUGUCAAGGCGGGAGAGCAUCGGUGAUUGGUGGGUUGAUGAUUGUGGGAGCCAGCAUGGUGGAGCUGGAGGGGCUUCAGCUCCAGGCAUGGAUGAAGCAUCUGUACCCUCCAUUAAGAGUACAUCAAGUCUUGAUCCAGAGUUGUCUCUUCAUCCUUUCUCUGUACUUAGUCAGGCUGGAGGUGAUGGAGAAGACGGUGUACACAACUCCCCAGCUACUGUGCAGCAGCAGUAUCACAUCUACCCUCUAACACCAAGAUAAAGUUUAAUAUCUUCUAUUGUUUAUUUAUUUCAUCCUAAUACUGUAAUUUGUUUAUUUCAUCCUAAUAUUUUAUCGAUGAUAUCCCUGUCCCUGACUUUGCUCCUAGGCACUCCAGCACAUGCACCAAAAUUUUCUUCAUCUACAUAACCAGUCUUUGAUAUGCACAAAAUAUAGAUUCUUUAAUCCUCUGUACUUAAAAAUGUUAAUAUAAACUUUGUCUCAAAUUAAUUUUGUUAUACUAUAUGCCUAACUAUGUUUGAUCAUAUUUCUUAUAAUAAACCUGUUUCUUAGA